AUGCGCUUAAAGUCCUACAAGUCAUGUCUGUUUUUGGUUGUGUUGAUUUUGUUCAAAAUACUAAUGUUUUACUUCGUUACUCGUUUGAUUUCAAGUCUGCUAGAGAACACUAUCGAAGAGAACUUAGUGAAACCAACGAUGGCAAUACCUAGGAAAAAACUAAGUGAACAAAUAACCAUCAUAAUGAGAGAGUUUGAGCCACACGAGAACGAUGUCUCAUUAACUUCGCAAUCUUUUACAAACCUUUUCGCAACGAUGCAACAGUAUAUAAUGUACGAUGAAUUCCCUUAUCCGCCUCUGGAUAUUAUGUUGAAUAACGAUACUUCUUCAAGCGUAAAAUUCGUAAAACUAAGCCCGGAGUUAAGAUUGACCUAUAAGGAUAUAUACCCUUUGAAUAACAUUUUGACCAAGUACGUAUUAUUUGUUCCUGAUUCGACGAGGUUGUCUUCUAGAGAAACUUUACAACAUAUGGUUAACAAACUCUCCUCGAACCCCGGGAGUAUAAUCGCAGCUGCCACAAACAAUCGCAAAUACGAUUUGAAUUGCUUGAGAAUGAUUAUUAAUACUCGAGAAUGGAUGUUAAAGUUUGAUCUAGUUAAAAGCACGAAUUGCCACGCUGUGAUUGGUAAACAUGUCAUACUAAUGGAAACCGAAUUACUACAGAGGGUUUCCAAUGCUUUUUUACUUCCGUUUCCCCAUUCGCUGUACCUUCAAACGGCCUCACUAGACUUGAAGGUGACCAUUAUGAAAGGGUUGUCUUUCCACGAAGGCAAGCCUUUGUUUCGCUCUCACCAUUCCCAAUGGAAACAGAAACAAGCCGAAGUUUCGAGACUAAAGAGCCUUUAUAAUGUGUUUAAAAUAAAGAGGGUCGUAAGAGAAACCGGCCUCACAGAAUGGUAUGGUUGUACGAAAGAUACAUCUAGAUGUUUUGGUACUAUUUUAGAUUCGAUGCCUUCUUAUUUGUACGAAAAACGGUGGACCCCGCCGUGCUGUUUAUCUAAUUUAAGGAAAACUGCGAGGCAUGUAUUCAACAUGUUGGAUCAAAAUGGUGUGAGGUAUUGGCUGGAAGCUGGGAGUUUGUUGGGAGCUAUGAGAAAUGGCGAUAUCUUACCCUGGGAUCAUGAUGUAGAUGUAGGUUUUAUUAGAGAGGAUUCAUCAAGAUGUGAAUGGCUUAAGAAGGCUAAAUCUAGAUCAGUUGUCGAUACUAAGGGUUUCCUAUGGGAGAAGGCCACGGAAGGAAAUUUUUUUCGCGUUCACUUCAGCAAAGUGAAUAAGAUACACGUUAAUUUGUUCCCGUUUUUUUCCAAGAACGGCACUAUGGCUAGAGAUUCGUGGUACACGACUCACAAGAAUAUGGAAUUUCCGGAGAACUUCCUUCAUCCCAUGUCUAGUAUAGAGUUCGUAGGGAGAAACGUGCCAAGCCCCAAUAAUAUUAGGGAUUUUUUAGAGCUGAAAUUCGGUAAGGGAGCCAUAGAGAUUCCAGAAUAUCCAGAUCCUAACAAGCUAAAAUUUCCAUGA